CAAUUCCGGUGUAAUGUUGAUGAAUUUAACAAGGCUUCGAAACUCAACUUGGCUUCCAUCCAUUGUGAAUUACUACAAAGAAUACAAACUGAAAAUAACCUGGGGAGAUCAGGAUCUCAUUAACAUCUACUUUCACUUUCAUCCAGAUGAGCUUUAUGUUUAUCCAUGUGAAUGGAACUACAGACCUGAUCACUGUAUGUAUAUGAGUGUGUGUACAGGUGCAGAACGAAGUGGGGCAUAUGUACUUCACGGUAAUCGACGAGCAAUGCAGAAUGAUAAACAACCUGCAUUUAAAGCUGCUUAUUUAGCCUUUAAAGAAUAUGAUUUCCAUCAGAAGAUGAAGACAUCCCUCCUUCCCCUCUUCAAGAGAAACUUGAGGCGACAUCCAAGACGCCAUGUGGACGUGUUAGACAUAUAUUUUCAACCAGAGUUGCUCAAUUUGUUAAUCAUGCUGAAAAAUGACUCACUUGAUUCUGAAGAAAUGGUUGCAAGGCUGGCUGUUAUCACAGAUUUUUUAAAUUUUGAAAAAAAAGAUUCAAUGAUAUGAGGUUUCCCUUCCAGUGGUAUGGGCAUAAAUAUAAAAUAAGUUGGGGGUAGUAGCAUGAAAAUCAACUAGGUUUGUUUUCAUUGUAUUUUUCUUGUGGCUCAAUAAUGUAGCCCUAUCUAGUUAUUAAUGAGUUCUUUUUGGAGGGGGGUUCUUUUUGUAUUUUUUAUCUGUUUUGGUCAGGAAACCCUCUCUUUAAAAAAUCAUCUGUUAAAAAUAUAAAGAAGGCUACAUUAUUACAGCUAUUUCUUGGGUUGGUGGGGGGGGGCGUCAAUUUACUAUGAGGGAACAUUUUUUAUUUAGACUACAAGCUUGCCUUUAUUUAUGAGAUACAUCAUCAGAAGAUAUGACAU